ACAAGUACAUAUAAUGUGUGUGUUGCCCGAUUUACACAGCUGGUGAUGUAACAACGUCGACUUUCGCAUUGCAGCUCGCUGAUUCAUGAAAGAUGGCGCCCAAUGCGCGGCCGUGUAUCACCGUGAUGCGUGCCAGGCGCAUUUGCGAGUUAAGCGGAAUCUUGACGCUUCGCGAGAUACUCUGGCUUCUCUUUCGCAGACGCUUCGCGAAUUUUUCGGACAGUCCGUAUCCCCUCCGUGCACCGCGAGAUCGAUUUAGGCCCUCGUUGACGAUUCAUGUGCGCAACGACGAAUGCUAAAUCCGCGGUAGCGUCUGUCGAUAUAACGACAUUUCCGGAACACAAAUCGGCGUCUGCUCGUGGAAUAUUUCGCACCAACGACUCGCCGUUUAAAAGAAGGUGCUCUUUAUAUCGGUUUGCAUUUAAACAUGUCUGAAGAACAUCAAUUACCUUCUGAUUCUGAUGAUGAUGAUGAAGAUUAUGUUCCUGAUGGUGCUGACAGUGAUCCAGUUUCAGAAGUAGAAUCUGAAGGUGAUGUUGAAAGUGGUCCAGAAGAUGAAAAUGAUGAGAAUAAAAGAGAUGUUGGGCGGAGAAAAAAUACAAGAAAAUCUAUAAAACGGAAAGGUAAAAACUCCAAGCGCAAGAGAACCUUAGAUAACAAGUCAAAGGUAUCGGAGGAAGAGAAUGGAGAGAAAGAAGAAUGUAAAGAAAAGAAGGAACUUACUGAAGAAGAAGAGAAGAAGAGAGCAGAUUCUCUCUGGGCUGACUUUAUGAAAGAUACAGCUGUUGUAUCCAAGCCAAAAGCACAAAAUAUAAUUAACAGACCAAAGGAGAGAUCCCCACCGAUAGAAAAGCCAGAAGCCCAGGAGAAAGUCAAGAUAACAAAGAUUUUCGAAUUCGCUGGUGAAGAGGUGAAGGUUGAGAAAGAAGUUCCGGUUGACUCUGCAGAAGCCAGGUUGUCCCUUUCCGUGGCUGAAAAUUCUACGAAACCGUCGGAAUCUAGCCCUCCUGCGGGGAAAGGACCCGGGCGAGGACGAGGACGAGGGAGUAUGAAGCGCGUCGGAUUAGGUGGGAUCUCCUCGGUUUUGGGACAAAUCGGCAAGAAGGCCAAAAUCAGCACACUAGAGAAAUCCAAGUUAGACUGGGACAGCUACAAGAAGCAGGAGAACAUUGAAGAAGAGCUCCAUACUCACAACAAAGGCAAGGACGGAUAUCUGGAGCGACAAGAUUUCCUCCAAAGAGCGGACUUGCGACAGUUCGAGAUCGAGAAGCAGUUGCGGAAUUCCAGUAGACGAGCUGCACGGUGAAUUCGCAAAUCUCCCUCGUCCGUAUACGUCUCUUCUUCCGAAACGAAAUCCUAGAAUGAUACUACGGUAGAAGAUAUUUACUCCGACUUGCCAAAACUGCGAGCGCGCUUGCUGCACACAUUUAGCCUAAUUAAUUCAUUCGAAUUUCGCUACGUUUCGAAGUAACACGUGAAAGGAGCGCAGCACCGCCGCCGCGUUCUCGAUUCGUCAAAAUGAGCUGAUACCACUACAUUGCACCACACAGCCAGAGAAAGGCGGUCUCCUCGAGGAGGAACCGAUCAUUCCAGUGUUUCGAGAUUAAUUCCUCACACGCGUAUGUAAUGUAAUAGCUUAAUUUACUCCGAGUGAGCCUUCGUCUCGGCCUGACAGUCGUCUCAGCAGGAACUUCGCAUCGAAGCAGAUUGUUCGAAGCUUGGCGCUUCUCAAAACGAUCAUGUCCGUGUAGAAAACGUGCCCCAGGGAUAUUUUUUUAUUUUAUUUCGAUGGAACGCGUUUGUGUGUGUGUGUGUGUGUGUAGUGCGAAUAUAUGCGAUAUUCGAUAUAAUAAUGAUUAGCUGGAAGUAACAAGUGAAUACAAAAGAAUAUGUGUUUUAGAGAAUAUAACGAAUUACAUCGACCAAGAUGACCUUAUCCUCACCGGUCGUUGCCCUACAGCAAUUCAUGCUACAUAACUGUAUCAUAUUUAUAAAUGGACUUGGUAAUAAAUGACAUGGCAUAUUUACAAUA